AUGAGUGACUUAGUCGGAGAAGCUAAAUUUCUCAAGUUUCACUAUACCACAGAGGAGUCUUUAUUGGACAAGGAUAUUUUGAAGAAUAAGAGUUGGGACAAAUUCGAAUACAAAGUGAAGUCUCUAUUCCUCUUACCCCUAGGAUUCUAAUGCUGGCAAAUCUCUCUAAUCAACAAUGUUGAAAAGGCUGAAUUAUACAGGAAAGUGAGACAUUUCAAAGUACUCACCCUCUUAGGAGCAUUAUCAAUCGGUAUUUAUGAAAAGAUUAAACUAGAGAGAUACUGGGUAUACUUGAAUAGAUUCUAUCCAGAGCCUACUCAGCUUCAAAAGAGUCUCUAUAGAGAUGCCAUGAUGUUCAAAGAACUCAAUUAUCAAGAGAAGAGCUUGGAGGAUAGAUAGAAAUUGGAUUCAGAUACAGUCAAAAUUUACGAGCAAAUGUACAGACUCCCACCUCAGCUUUACCCAGAUCCAGAAGACGAUCCUAACCCUGCCUCAGUAAAGAGUCACUACACAUGA